AUGAAGUUAUUGAACUUGACUCUGCAAAGUACUGGUUGGAUUGUCGUCACAGAAGCAGCGUUAGAACAACUCAAGGCGGCCAAGUUGUUAACAACUCAAGCCGUCAGAGCAAAGAGCCAGCGCGCGCAGGUGGCGUUAUUUGGCGCAACAUCAGCCAAAAUCAGGUUGCAAAGCGCCUCAUUCGCACUUACGAUUAUCGGCAUUCGCGUUUAG